AUGGUCAGUUUCAACGCGCUCUUAGAGACACCGGCAUCCAUAGCGAUUGUUUAUGGGUCACUUGUGUUUCUCGUCGCUAUUGGAUCCAUCUGCUGGGCAUAUCGGAGAACUGGGUUUUGGACAUCAUCCUCCGCCAACGCAAAAUGGAUCCCUGGACCUCGUGGAAAGGCCUUCACGGGUAACCUUCAGGACCUUAGGACCAAUGGUGCCGCUAGUUGCACGGCCUGGUACUCGCUCUAUAAGCGAUAUGGGCCUGCGUACGAGCUGACCAUUCCAUUCUUUCGCAUGCAUAUCAUCAACCAUCCAACAUAUCUCGAGCAUAUUCAAAAACACAACCACAAGAACUACAUCCGUGGCAAAUUUACACGGAACGCUUUUGGAUCGUUACAUCGAAGCGGCAUCUUUGUUGCCGAUGGGUUAGAGUGGCAAACUCAGCGCAAAGCAGCAUCUCGUGCAUUUAGCAAGCGCAACUUCGAGACCCACAUUACUCAGUCUGUUCAUUAUUGGGUAGACAUUCUUCUACGACUUCUCUCAAACCUGGCCAAGGAGCAGAUAGAGAUCGAUUUCCAAGAUCUUAUGGGUCGUCUAAUGUUCUGUCUGUUUCUUAGAAUUGCCUUUCAUGAGGACAGGCUAGCUUUGGAAAUCAUGUCUGAUGAUCCGAAGUGCCUAGAUUCCAAGCCGGAGUUUGUGGAGGCAUUUGAUCAAGCUACACAUUUAUUUGACCGACGGAGACGCGAUCCUCUUUGGAAGUUGAGCGAGAAGCUUUCCGGCGAAGACAAGGUAACAAAGAGAGCCGUAGAUCUAUUCUACGACAAGAUCGACUAUUUGAUCGAGAAGCGACUCGAGGCGAUGAGGAAUGGCUAUAAACCCAACCCAGACGCCGGAGUUGACCUUUUGGAUCUGUUUAUGCAAUCAACGACAGACAAGUACACGCUCGGUGGAAUGGUAUAUUCAUUCCUCUCUGCUGGUCGGGACACAACGACCUACAACACGUCCUGGUUCAUGAUGGAGAUACAUCAUAGCCGCAACCAACAUCUAAAUGCCUUGGACAAAAUUCGGGCCGAAAUCCAAGAUCAUGGAUUCACCGAUGGCUUCCUGAGUUAUACUGAUGCACCGAGAUUGAGAUUUACCAACGCAAUGUGGGAUGAGUGUACACGGCUCAACACCGUGUCUCCAGCUGGACAGCUAGAAGCUGCCGAGAAUGACAUUCUUCCCGCAGUGCCUGAGAUAAACAUGCCUGCUCGUCGCGUCAGAAAAGGUGAAGUCGUCAGCUAUCAGAAUUAUGUUAUGGCUCGGAUGCCUGAAAUUUGGGGCGAAGAUGCUGCUGUCUUCAAUCCUUACCGGUGGCUGAAAGACAAUGGGGAGAAUAUCUCCUUCAGUCCAUUUAAAUAUCACGCUUGGAAUGCUGGUCCUCGCAGCUGCCUGGGUCGACCGCUUGCCACUUACGAAGGCAUUACUAUCACAGUCGCGAUUCUCCAGCGCUUCGAGAUCAUUCUAUCUAAUGGUAGUAGGACGUACGAGCCACUUGCUGCCAUGAAUAUGUGCAUUAAAGACAUUGUAUUUAGGGCAUUCGAGGCGGCCUUCCCAUGCGUGUGGUGGAGAGGAAACAUGUUUGAAAUCUGA